AGCGGUGGGGGAGAGCUGAGCCGGCCCUGCAGGGCUAGCAGUCCAGCCCUGGGUUCACCGGAGCUGAAGCGUUUACAGCAGGGAAACUUCCAUCCCGCUCUCUGGCUUUCAUCCUCGCGGACACCAGACCCGAGGCUCCGAAGGGAGGGAGGAUGCGAGAUGACCGGCCCUUUGGCAACCUGACCAUCGACUCAGCAGAGCCUUCGAAAGCGAGCCAGGGGCUGGCUGCACCACCAAGGAGGCGCCGCGCCUCUCGUGGAUGUGUGUGUGUGAGUGAUCGAGUGUGUGUGCUGUGAGUGAGUGAGGGUGUGUGCGUGUGUGUAGGUGCAUGUGUGCACAUCACAACUGUGUGUAAGCGCGUCUGGAUGAGUGUACGUGUGCACGGGUGAGUGCGUGUGUGUAUGUGUGUGUGAGUGCUCUUGGUUAUUAUUAUUAUUGUUUUUUUUUUUGGAAGAAAAAUCUUGAAAAUCUGGGGCAGGUUACUGUGCUCCUAGGGUGAUCCUUCUUUUGCAAGAGGAGCUGACCAGGGCAAGCUACUAGAGCCAUUUCUUGGCGAGUAAAGAGAAUUUUCCUCCCAGAAGGAGAAGGAUUUUACCCCUGCUCUGCAGCCAAAAGAGAGAUUAGCCCCUAAACCUGUGAAAUCGACCAGAGCCGUGUGAUUACCAGGGCUUGAGAGAGGACUCAGGAAGAAAAGGAGAAAUAAAUCAAACAGCCUGUCAGUUCCUUUGGCCACGGAAGAUGUCAUCUCAAACUAAGUUCAAGAAAGACAAAGAGAUCAUUGCCGAAUAUGAAGCCCAAAUAAAAGAGAUCCGCACACAGCUGGUGGAGCAGUUCAAAUGUCUGGAGCAGCAAUCCGAGUCACGGCUGCAGCUGCUUCAAGACCUGCAGGAGUUUUUCCGCCGGAAAGCUGAGAUCGAGCUCGAGUACUCCCGCAGCCUGGAGAAGCUGGCCGAGCGGUUCUCCUCCAAAAUCCGCAGCUCCCGGGAGCACCAGUUCAAGAAGGACCAGUACCUCCUCUCACCCGUGAACUGCUGGUAUCUGGUUCUGCAUCAGACCCGGCGGGAAAGCCGCGAUCACGCCACCCUCAAUGACAUCUUCAUGAACAAUGUCAUCGUCCGCCUCUCCCAGAUCAGUGAGGAUGUCAUCAGACUCUUCAAAAAGAGCAAGGAGAUUGGCCUGCAGAUGCACGAGGAGCUCCUGAAGGUGACCAAUGAGCUCUACACCGUCAUGAAAACCUACCACAUGUACCACGCGGAGAGCAUCAGCGCAGAAAGCAAGCUGAAGGAGGCCGAGAAGCAGGAGGAGAAGCAGUUCAACAAGUCGGGAGACCUCAGCAUGAACCUGCUUCGGCACGAGGACCGGCCGCAGCGCCGCAGCUCUGUGAAGAAGAUCGAGAAGAUGAAGGAGAAGAGGCAGGCAAAGUAUUCUGAGAACAAGCUGAAAUGCACGAAGGCCCGGAAUGACUACCUGCUGAAUCUGGCAGCCACCAACGCAGCUAUAAGCAAAUACUACAUCCAUGACGUCUCUGAUCUCAUCGAUUGCUGCGAUUUGGGCUUUCACGCCAGCCUGGCCCGCACCUUCCGGACCUACCUCUCGGCCGAAUACAACCUGGAGACGUCCCGCCACGAGGGGCUGGACGUUAUUGAGAAUGCGGUGGACAACCUGGAUUCCCGGAGCGACAAGCACACCGUCAUGGACAUGUGCAACCAGGUCUUCUGUCCUCCACUCAAGUUUGAGUUCCAGCCCCACAUGGGGGAUGAGGUGUGCCAGGUCAGUGCCCAGCAGCCCGUCCAGACGGAAUUGCUCAUGCGGUACCACCAGCUGCAGUCCAGACUGGCCACUCUCAAGAUAGAGAAUGAGGAGGUUAGGAAGACCCUGGAUGCCACCAUGCAGACCCUGCAGGACAUGCUGACCGUGGAGGACUUUGACGUCUCCGAUGCCUUCCAACACAGUCGAUCCACGGAGUCCGUGAAGUCGGCUGCCUCUGAGACCUACAUGAGCAAGGUCAACAUUGCCAAAAGGAGAGCCAACCAGCAGGAAACAGAAAUGUUUUAUUUUACAAAAUUUAAAGAAUACGUGAAUGGCAGUAACCUCAUCACCAAGCUGCAGGCCAAGCAUGACCUACUCAAGCAGACCCUGGGCGAAGGGGAGAGAGCAGAAUGCGGCACCACCAGGCCCCCCUGUCUUCCCCCUAAACCACAGAAAAUGAGGAGACCUAGGCCUCUCUCAGUGUAUAGCCAUAAACUCUUUAACGGCAGUAUGGAAGCGUUCAUUAAGGAUUCAGGACAAGCUAUACCGCUUGUAGUCGAGAGCUGCAUCCGAUACAUCAAUUUAUACGGACUCCAGCAGCAAGGGAUCUUCAGAGUGCCAGGAUCUCAGGUGGAAGUCAAUGACAUCAAAAAUUCCUUUGAGAGAGGUGAAGACCCCCUUGUGGACGAUCAAAAUGAACGUGAUAUCAAUUCAGUCGCUGGUGUUUUAAAACUGUAUUUCCGAGGACUGGAAAACCCACUCUUUCCUAAGGAAAGGUUUCAAGAUUUGAUAUCUACCAUUAAACUGGAGAACCCAGCUGAGAGGGUGCACCAGAUCCAACAAAUCCUCGUCACCCUUCCCCGCGUGGUCAUCGUGGUCAUGAGAUACCUCUUCGCCUUCCUCAACCACCUGUCUCAGUAUAGCGACGAGAACAUGAUGGAUCCCUACAACCUGGCCAUCUGCUUCGGGCCCACCCUCAUGCACAUCCCUGAUGGGCAGGACCCUGUGUCCUGCCAGGCACACGUCAAUGAAGUCAUCAAAACCAUCAUCAUCCAUCAUGAAGCCAUCUUCCCCAGCCCCCGGGAGCUAGAGGGACCUGUGUAUGAAAAAUGCAUGGCUGGAGGGGAAGAAUAUUGUGACAGCCCACACAGUGAGCCAGGGACCAUCGAUGAAGUUGACCAUGACAAUGGCACCGAGCCUCAUACCAGUGAUGAAGAAGUGGAGCAGAUCGAGGCUAUCGCCAAGUUUGACUACGUGGGACGGUCCCCCCGUGAGCUGUCCUUCAAGAAGGGGGCCUCGCUGCUCCUGUAUCACCGUGCCUCAGAGGACUGGUGGGAGGGCCGGCACAACGGCGUGGACGGACUCAUCCCUCAUCAGUACAUAGUGGUACAGGACAUGGACGAUGCCUUCUCCGACAGCCUGAGCCAGAAGGCUGACAGCGAGGCCAGCAGCGGGCCACUGCUGGAUGACAAGGCGUCCUCCAAAAAUGACCUCCAGUCCCCCACAGAGCACAUCUCGGAUUACGGCUUUGGGGGGGUGAUGGGCCGAGUGCGGUUACGAUCCGACGGAGCGGCCAUCCCCAGGCGCCGAAGCGGUGGCGACACACACAGCCCGCCCCGGGGCCUGGGCCCGAGCAUAGACACGCCACCGCGGGCUGCCGCCUGCCCCAGCAGCCCCCACAAAAUCCCCCUCACCCGGGGGAGGAUCGAGAGCCCCGAGAAGCGGAGGAUGGCGACGUUCGGGAGUGCCGGCAGCAUCAACUACCCUGACAAGAAGGCGCUCUCCGAAGGGCACUCGAUGAGGUCGACCUGCAGCUCCACCAGGCACAGCAGCCUAGGGGACCACAAGUCCCUGGAGGCUGAGGCCCUGGCAGAAGACAUCGAGAAGACCAUGAGCACGGCUCUGCACGAGCUGCGGGAACUCGAGAGGCAGAACACGGUCAAGCAGGCGCCAGACGUGGUGCUGGACACCCUGGAGCCCCUGAAGAACCCGCCGGGCCCCAUCAGCUCAGAGCCCGCCAGCCCCCUGCACACCAUCGUCAUCCGCGACCCCGACGCCGCCCUGCGCCGCAGCAGCAGCUCGUCCACCGAGAUGAUGACCACCUUCAAGCCAGCCCUGUCGGCCCGCCUGGCCGGCGCCCAGCUGCGCCCGCCGCCCAUGCGGCCCGUGCGGCCCGUGGUCCAGCAUCGGUCCAGCAGCAGCAGCAGCUCAGGCGUGGGCAGCCCGGCCGUGACGCCCACCGAGAAGAUGUUCCCCAACAGCUCCGCGGACAAGUCGGGCACCAUGUGACCUGCAGGAUGCGCCGCACCGCCGUGGCCCGCCGUGGCUCGCCACGGCCCAGGGCGGCCGGGCGGCUUCCGCGGCCUUCCUGGUGACCCCGGCCUUGUGGGGCAGAGGUCCGCCCGGGAGAGCCGAGGGUCGGCGCGGAGCUGGGGGCCGGGCUCCUGCCGCAGCUCACGUUCAGCCAUGGGAAUCCCACAGCCCUCUGGCGUGUGAAGACACCCCAAGGAGGGCCGGAGCAAGAGCAGCCCCAACCACAGUGUUCCCCAAGAUCCAGGCAAAAUGCUACGUGGCUUCUCCACAUAUCGUCACUGGAAUUACUCUCUCGACAUCCUCUGCAUACCUAUAUGUGUGUGUAUAUAUGUGCGUAUAUACACAUAUAUAUGUAUGUAUGUGUCUGUAGGUGUGUGUGUAUAUAUAUAUUUAUGCAUCUAUAUACAUAUACUAGAUCUGGACACACACAUUCUAAAUGUAUAUAGUAUCUCCUUUUUCUUUUUAUGAAACUUAGAUUUACCUCAGACCCAUGCCACCAAACAUCUCCCACUGAGUUAUUUGGUGGGAUUUGCAGGGACUUUUCUGGGAGAAUUUAGAGGCCCAUAGUAACUGCGAAUGAAGCAAUAUACCACUAACCUGCAGAAAAACAAAAACAGUCUCCCACUGUCUCCAGAAGUCGUGGCCUUCCAGAACAGUCUGCCCCUCAAGGAAGGGUGGGGCAGGCGGUACCCCAAGCAGGCUGCUCCUAGAGGUGGGGACCCUUCAUAGAAAACAGCCCCCUCCCCCACCCAGCCCAGAGACCCUGCCCUUCCGCCCGGAGGCCAAAGGCCAACCAGACCCCCGAAGGCACGGGAGAAAGUUGGCGAGAAGACUCCUGACCACCGCAUCCUCGUGUUUGUGUGUAGAAGCGGGAUAGUGAAAACCUAAGCCCCGUCGUAGCACAGUAUGACAUGUGGUUGGGAAAAAGGGAAAAAAAAUACAGUGGUGUGGAAUACUUCAAAACCUAGAAAACGCUGUAGGAAUAAAUCUGUGGUAACUAUAGAGAUUUAACUUAUAUCAUUUUCAAAAUAUUUAAAUUUUUCUUUUCCUCAUUCUACUAAUUAUAUUGUGUCAGAUUUGGAACUAAACAGGCAAGGAGGCUUUCAGUCACAUCGUUUUCAUUUAAAAUCGGGCUGUGAUGCACUCUGGCUGGCGCCCUCUUGCAUGAAGCGCAUGAGCCGUAAGUGCCCAGCUCAGACCAGGGGCCGAGGAGGGAAUUACCCCUGGAGCUCUCUGUCCUAGAGAACACUGAUGGUUCAGUUCGUACAAGUGAAAUAGCUUUCCUCAUUUCCCUCCCUUUCCGUCCCCUUCCCCCACUCCCUCCAGAGCAUUUAAAGUAGAUGAGAACAUGGUGACAGAGACCGGGUGCAUGAUCUUCAAGGAUAACUAGCUGGGCUUUGCCUCUUGGCUGGGGAAAGGCCUUCUGGGUCACCCUCAUUCGAUUCCAUUUCACCUCCUCCUUUGAUCCCUUUGUUUAUAGAGUGGGGCUGUUUCUGGAUAAUAGCACACAGGUGAAUCUGACCUUAAUGGGGACAGUUUUCACUUUUACCACCCCACUUCAUGCCAGGCCCAGGCUCCCCUCCCUGUUGUCCCCAAGUUUCAUCUCUGUCCCUGUCUCUCAAGGCCACUGAGGUUUGGAGUCAAAAGUGCAGAGUUGGAGUUCCAGCCUCCACCACUUAGGAGCCGGGGGACUUUAGGCAGGUCGUUCCACUUCACGGAGCUUCACUUUUCUGCUCUAUCAAAUGAGGAUAAUAAAGAUCAAACGGAAGUGAGCAGGCUGUGUAGCCUGGAAAGCAUUGUACCAAUUCAUUUGCUCUUGUGAUUAUCACUAGUAUAGUAAGUCUUUUAGAUCAAACACCAUCCAAACCUUUUUGAAACCUCCUAAUGGCAUUUGAGAAGAGGGCAGUGGAAUUUUCCUACCAGCUUACUAGGAGCCCUGAAUUCCAUCAUUAGCAUUUCCACCCAUUGGAUUAAGUUUUGCCCUCUCCUCUGGUCCUCCACAAAAAGGUAAAUACACCCAGAGUAGGUCACUGAUAACUGGGCGUGCAAAUGGAAAGCCAUCCCACCUUGUCUGAAGGACUGGACUUGAGACCACACAGUGGAAGGAAGAAUCAAGAAAGGGCACAAAAAGGGAAUGUCAGGGAGAGGCCAGUGACAAACUUGACCUCCCUUGUUUUGCUUAGAACCACCCCUUCUCUUUUAGCGCCUGGAUAUGAAAGGCCCUCUGCCCUUGAGCACGUAAAGACAUCCCUGUUCCACAGCUUGGGCUGUGCUAUGACCUGCCCGCUGAGAGUGGAGGCUGCUCAGGCUUGUGAAGUCCUUCAUUUGCAAGGAUGAUAAUGCUGUCCAGCCAUGCUACAAGACUUUCCAUUUCUACCCCAGAGCCAUUCCCAGACCUUACUUACAUCCAACAGACUCCCAGGCAAAAUGUCACAUUCUCUGCCAUGACUACCAGAUGAAAAGCGACAACUGAGUAGACGAAUCUCUUGCCUGAUAUACAUAACACCAGUCAGACCGUGUGGAUUUUUCUCCUAAUUGACUGAUUCCAUUUUCCUUGCUGAAAAUGGACCUGCCUUUCACUGAAUUCCCUGAAGGCAGAGGCUUAGCUGUUAUCUUUAACCAACUAUUUCUUCCAUCGGGAAAUGGCUGAGUUCACAUUUAGGGACACACAUACGCAGAUAGCAGACAUAUCCCCGCUCAUCUGAUAGCCCCAACUCUGAGGCUUGACACAGAACCAAACGGAAAAAUACCUUUCCACAUCUCCCGCUCCCACUUCCUCAUCUGGCUCUAUGCAUGCCUCAGUUACCCUGCACAUCACUCGGUCCCAUCAAUGUUCACGGAGCAUUGGCAUUCUCUUCCUGACUCUUGCCUGUUUUAGUCCACUAUAUAUUGCUGUAUUUGCUUAAAUGCUGGAAAGUAACUGUUAAAAUGUGAAACUGUAAUUUUUCAAAAGGCUACAAUUAAAUUAUAGCCAAUGCCACUCACCAAAUCUUUGCACCUAGUAGAUAGAUCAAUGUAAAAACAAAUACCAGAAACCUAACUGUACAGUGAGUGUGGGGGAAAUGUAGUAACCUAGUUAGUAGUCCUCAAUAUAACCAAUUGUACAAGGGAAAGUGGUGUUUACCUACUUGUUCAUCAUCAUUAUUGAAAGCUGUACUGAUCAGUUAGUUGAUAACGGGCAUUUUUUUUGCUUCACGGAAUGAUUUCUUUUCUUAACCUUUGACUUAUCCUGAGGUUGAGCCUUUUGUCCUUAUGUAUAACCCAUGUUCAGUCUAUUUUAGGAAUGAACCAGCAAGAUGUUCACUUAAAACUGACCAAAGACAAUUAAUUCCUGGUCUAGUUUCCUGGGCCUGUGGCCCAGCUGCCGCUAAAGACCUUUCUUGGAUAAAAUUGAGAACAAGCUGUGCUUCCUAUCCUACUCCCCCCCAUUCCCUUUUCCUCUUAAAGAGCUGCUCUGAGCUGUGGGAUUCUAUGAAAAAUUCUUGCCUUUCCUUGUUUUCAGUGCUAACGAUUUCUCACCUUGAAGCGCCUUUUGAACCCCGGACAGAGUGCACACAAUUGGACGGAAUUGUGGGCUUGGGAAUCAGACUUGGGAGUCUGUUCUCUGAAGUCACCAGGCCAGGGGUCAGGAGAGAAAUGGAUUCCCAAGGGAUAAAGAUUUCUAUUCAAUGAAGAAAUCGGAGUGGGAAGAGACACAGGGAAAUCGAGCUAUCCUUUGGCUAUCGGCUGGAACCAGCAGUUCAGAGAUCUGCCUUAUAAACACUUAAAACUGGUUUGUGGUACACGAAGGGGAGCCAGUAUGGGAAAGGGCCUUUCUGUGUGGCUUUCUUCUCUGUCGGAGCCCCUUGGAGUGCCUUGUUGGGUGUAUUUCUUUCUCAUUCAGGAGGCGUGAAUGCGGAGGACUGCCUGUGACCUGGUCGUUACUGGGCGCUCAGCGCGCGGACGCGGCUAAUGGAAAACCACGAGGACUAAUGUGAGGGUUCUUCCUCUCAGUCUUUCUAUUCCUAACUUUUCACACAUCCAGAUGGUUCCACAUUAGAGCAAAUGCCUCAUUCUCCUGAGAAACGCAGGAAGAGGAACGGCUGGCUCACAGCCACGGUGCUGGGCCCUGUUGGGCUGAGGGGCGGGGGCGGGGUGGCAGGGCGGAAACGUCAGGAAGGGGUGAGCCGAGGCGUCGCCUCGCUGAUUUCUGCUAUGCAGAGCUGACGGUGAUGUUUCAUGUCAACUUCCCUGGUUCUCUGGGGUCUCCUCUCUUCCGAGCAGCCACGUAGAGAAUUCCCCACACACCCACAGCUGCCCAGGGGAGCUGAGAGAAGGGACUUUGCUGUCGGGUCUCAGUCCUCCUGGCCUCUCUGAGGUUGAUCUGCCAGUGUCCCACUGUCCCAUCCUCUGGGACUGGCCAAAUGGCCAUCGCUGCCCCUCACUGACACCUCCUUUCUGUGUGAACUGUCCCAGGCAAAUAACAAAGCUGUUCCUUGAACCAGAACAACCCGAGUGCACUUUCCUUCCUUGGACGGAAGUAGAUCCUGGCUAGAGUUUCUGCUCAGGCCCUAGUUCCCGGCAGUGUGACUGUUUACAUGGUUUGGCAAUAGGUUUGAUUCUGAUUGCUUCAGAGUGGCUGGUCUAUUUUGUUUCCUUUGGUUUCUUUCCUCCCCAAAUUGUGACAGGAAAAACAAACCAAAACCACCCUAGGAAAUUGCUGGUUGCCUGUCCCCAUGUGAUGAUAAGUGUUGCCCUCUUCCGGAUAUCAUUUCUCUACCUUACGACCAAACGCCCGUCCUAUAGAGUGUCUGACCGGAUCCUCUGUUGCGUAUUCUGAUGGUGCCUGCUGGUUUGACGUGGAGCUAUCCUGUGAAAUAAAACAGCUUACCUUUUCUCAAA